CACUGGGUUUUAAAAAAAAAAAGUUUGAAACUCUCUGCAGAGGGGAAGAGAGGGGUUCUGGUCUCGGCCUUUGGCCUCCGAGCAACUCAGCCUCACGCGCCACCAUGUACGGUGGUCGGAGGGUUAAAACCCUCACUCUUUUCGAUGCAGAUUUCGGUAAACCGCGAGGAUCUCGUUCUAUCACUGAUGUCUGCGCGCUGAUAGAGCCAACGCCGGAUCGUAGCGCGAGGAGAUCUGACGAUUCUGGCGUGAUUUGCGCAUCAAUGGUGGCGAGAUGUACGAUGGCAGAGUCGAGAAAUCAUGGCGCGCUUGGUGGUGACGAUUGGGCCAUUGAAUCUGCGCGAGAUGAAAGGUCGCGUCGCUUAGAGUGCCCGAAGCUUCCAGAACUUCAUUGCGGCGCUGAAUUCUCAGGAAACCCUAGGGUUUCCUGAGAUGUUUUUACAGCUUUGGGCCUUUUGGGCCCCGUGUAAGCCUGGGUCAAGGUGUUGGGUUAUUUUUGGGGUGUAAAUGAGUCCAAUAGGUUUAGGCUGUUUGGAUUUGGGCUUUAGCACUGUAAACGGACGG